UCUCCAUUUUUCUAAUAUUCAGCACCCCAAUUGCUGCUCCCCUGGUGAAGGGCGCGCACGUCCGUGCGUGUUCCCCCAUCGUCAUUGACGCAAUGCCUAUGGCCAUGCCCUUUCACCUUCCACUCCUCCUCUCCUGCCUUUCUAUUUUUCAUUCUCAUGCAUACGCAUAUGCAUCGCCCGACUCCCAAGCCCUUGUCAAAUUCAAAUCCUCCCUACUCAAUGCCAACGCUCUCCAAAGCUGGGACAACAAUCACUACCCUCCGUGCACUGGCUGGGUCGGCGUCCUUUGCAACAAGGGCGCCGUUUGGGGUCUCAAGCUCGAGAACAUGGGACUCUCCGGCACCAUCGACGUCGACUCUUUGAAAACCCUGCCCGAUUUCACCACCAUCAGCGUCAUGAACAACAGUUUCAGCGGCCCCAUUCCGCAGUUGAACAAACUCCCUGAAUUGAGAUCCGCUUAUUUAUCCAACAAUAAAUUCUCUGGAGAAAUUCCUCCCGAUACCUUUGAUGAUUUGAAUCAGAUGAAGAAGUUGCAUCUCUCACAAAAUCAGUUUACGGGUGCAAUUCCUGCUUCGUUGGCCACCUUGCCCAAACUUACAGAGCUUAAACUUGACCGUAACCACUUUUCCGGUAAUAUACCAGACUUUAAAAACCACCUGCAAACGCUGGAUCUCUCAAGUAAUCAACUGGAGGGUCCUAUACCAGCAAGCAUUAGUAAGAUUGACAAAAAGAUGUUUGAAGGCAAUAAGGGUGUUUGCGGAGGACCACUAAACGCGUGUGAGUCCGCCCCUGCUGCUUCCAACGAUGGGUCCAGCACCAGCACCAGCACCAGCUCAGGCUCCAGCACCAGCUCGAAGAAUCCCCCAAUUUGGUUAACUGUGAUCGUCGCUGGGGUGUUGAUAGUAGUGGGCAUAUUUGCAAUGAUCAUGAUGAAACGAUCCAGAGAGCAGCCAUCACCAGUAGAGGCUCCACCAGCAAACGAGCGAGCAAAAGGGUACAACAAGGAAGUAGGCCCCAGAGGCGACUCAAGGAAUGGAAAGAAGGCCCCAGAGGCGACUGUUAAACUUACUUUCGUGAGGGAUGAUAGAGACAAGUUUGAUUUGCCUGACUUGCUAAAAGCGUCGGCUGAGGUAUUGGGAAGUGGAUCGUUCGGGUCAUCAUUUAAGGCUGCUCUAUCCGUUGGACCGGUGGUGGUGGUGAAGAGGUAUAAACUGAUGAAUAAUGCUGGGAAAGAAGAGUUCCUUGAGCAUAUGAGGAGGAUAGGGAGACUCAUGCAUGUAAACUUGCUUCCUCUCGUCGCCUAUUACUAUAGGAAGGAGGAGAAACUCCUUGUCUCCGAUUUCGUUAAAAACAGGAGCUUGGCGCUUCAUCUCCAUGGUCAAACAUCCUUAGGGCAGCCGGCGUUGGAUUGGACAACUCGAUUGAAGAUUGUGAAAGGAGUAGCCAAGGGCCUGGCAUACCUGCACAAGGAGUUACCUAGUUUGGUUGUACCCCAUGGUCACCUCAAAUCUUCAAAUGUUCUCCUCAACGAAUCCUUCGACCCUCUCCUCACAGAUUACGGUCUGAUCCCCAUAGUCAACCAAGAAAGUGCCAAGAAAUUGAUGGUGGCUUAUAAGUCGCCCGAAUAUGUACAACAAGGGAAAAUUUCAAGAAAGAGCGACGUAUGGGCCUUGGGAAUAUUGAUCCUAGAGAUAUUAACGGGAGUUUUCCCUGCAAACUUGAAGGGUGACGAACAAGAGGAUAUGGCGAAUUGGGUGAAGACCGUAGUUGGUAAUCAAGAAACGGAGGUGUUCGACGAACAGAUGGGAACAAUAGAAGACAGAGAUGCGGAAUUGAUGCAAGAGCUGUUGAAGAUAGGAUUGAGUUGCUGCCAAGAAGAUGUGGGCAAGAGAUUAGAUUUCAAAGAUGCUGUUGCCAGAAUUGAACAACUAAAGCCCAAGAAUGGCACUUAAUUCCCCACCACCAUCGCAACAAGUGGUCUCUUUUAGUUCGUUCAACACUUGAGCAAUCUAAUCUCUUUAUGUUUGGUUUCCCUAUUUUCUGGGGACUUUACCUUCAUGGCCACAUCGUUACAAAUAUUGAGAUUCGGUGUUCAAAGCAUUUUAGUUUUGUUUUCCCGAUCACUGGAUUUCAUUAGGACUAAUACUACAUA